AUGCCUCAAAAGCUCAAGGACCCUGACAGUUUCACAAUUCCGUGCAAUAUCGGAGGGUCCAAAUUCAAUAAAGCCUUGGCCGAUCUAGGAGCCAGUAUUAACCUAAUGCUCUAUGGUCUUUACAAAAAAUUGUAUUUAGGAACUCUUAAGCUUACCCGGAUUUGCAUCCAGCUCGCCGACCGAUCCGCUCAGUAUCCUAGGGGCAUUGUGGAAGAUGUGCUGGUGAGGGUCGAUAAAUUCAUAUUUCCAAUUGAUUUUCUUAUCUUGGACAUAGACCCUGACGCCAAAGUACCCUUUAUACUUGGGAGACCAUUCAUAGAUACGAGUAGAGCCUUGAUAGAUGUAGGAAGUGGGAAAGUUAUAAUCCGAGUUGGGGAUGAAUCUGCAAGUUUUGAUGUCACGAAAUUGAAAAGAUAUCCUCUAGAGGGAGACGAUGUGUGUUUUUACAUUGAUGAUCUGGAUGGAGACCAGGACUAUUUACAUGAUCUCACCGUUGAUAAUGACCCGAGCACAAACCUUGAAUGGCCGAUCAGCGAACACCGAUACAAAAGAUGA